AUGGAGCUCGUCAUGGGGGCACUGCCCAGCCUCAUCCCCAAGCUCGCUAAUCUGGCCGCCGGCGAGUACGGUCUGCAAAAGGAGGUGAAGGGGGGGAUCAUCUUCCUCCAGGCUGAGCUCGAGAGCAUGCUAGGUGCUCUCGAGAAGAUCUCCAAGACGCCGGCAGACAAGCUUGAUGACCAGGACAAGAUCUGGGCAAGGAAAGUGAGGGAGAUGUCCUACGACAUAGAGGACACUAUCGACACGUAUAUGGUGCGAUGCAAGGGGGGGAGGAAGCCGGCCGAACAGCAUGGCUUCAAGGAAGCCAUUGACCGGACCCUUAAGUGGUUCAGGCAGCCUAUGAUCCGCCGUAAGAUUGCUAAGGAGAUCAGAGAAAUCAAGAGCCAUGUCGAAGAGGUAGCCAUGCGGCGUGAUCGGUACCAGAUUAACACUGAUGUUGCGAAGCCUGUGACUGUCGAUCCUCGGUUGCUAUUUGCUCAGUAUGAGGUGAAAGAGCUCGUUGGCAUUGAUGAGGCUAGAGAAGAGGUAAUCCGGAUUCUAAUGGAAGGCAAUAAGGAAGUGUCCAAGCAGCGCGGCAAGAUAGUUUCAAUUGUUGGGUUUGGAGGCCUGGGAAAGACUACUCUUGCUGAUGUGGUGUACAAAAAGAUUAGAGCACGAUUUGAUUGCUCAGCUUUUGUUUCUGUAUCUCAGACACCCGACCUGAAGAAACUAUACAAGCAGUUGCUGUAUGACCUUGGCAAGAGCAUCAAUGAAGAAACACUGGAUGAGAGGCGGCUCAUCGAACUACUCCGAGAAUUCCUUCAAGACAAAAGGUAUUUUGUUGUUGUUGAUGACAUAUGGGAUAUCUCAGUUUGGAAUAUGAUUAGAUGUGCUUUGCCUGAUAAUGAUGUUGGAUACACUAUUAUUACAACUACCCGUAUUGCUGAUGUUGCUGAACAAGCUGGUAGUGCUUACAAGCUGAAACCCCUUUCUUCAAACAACUCUCGGAAGCUAUUUUUUAGAAGAAUAUUUGGUAACGAAAACAAAGACAACAAUGAAGAAAUAGAAAAAUGUCCUGAUGGUGAACUUGCGGAAGUUUCUGACAGAAUACUAAAGAAAUGUGCUGGUGUGCCCUUAGCAAUUAUUACAAUGGCUAGCUUGCUAGCUUGCAAAGUAAGAAAUAAACUGGAGUGGUACGAGGUGUACAAUUCUGUUGGUACUGGCAUGGAAAAUAAUAUGGAUGUGGAGAAUAUGAGAAAGAUAUUGUCUUUCAGCUAUUAUGAGCUGCCAUGCCAUCUAAGGACUUGCUUGUUAUAUUUAAGCAUGUUUCCUGAAGAUUUUGAAAUUGACAAGGACCGCUUGAUAAGAAUGUGGAUAGCUGAAGGUUUUAUCCAAUGGGAAAAAGAGGGGAAGAGUCCAUUUGAAAUAGGAGAGUUUUACUUCAAUGAGCUCAUAAACAGAAGUAUGAUCCAACCGAUAUAUAACUUUUACACUGGCAUGGUAGAGAGUUGUCGCAUACAUGAUAUGAUGCUCGAUCUUAUCCGUUCCUUUUCAAGCGAGGAAAACUUUGUUACCAUACUAAGUGAUAUCGAUAGCACAUCUCCAUCAAGUACGAUUCGGAGGUUGUCCCUUCAAAAUGGCAAGAAAAGUCACGUGAUGGCUCAGGCUACUAGAAACUUGUUGCAACAUGCAAGGUUCAGAUGAUGAAUAACGAACCGGAUAAAAGAUUUGAGUUAAUGCAAAUGAUAAGUUGCUGGUGGAGCUUCGCCACAUUUGCAGAGAUUAGAUUGCUCACCCAUGGACAGUACCAAACAACUCGAACCUGUAUUUAGUGAUGUUAUCUACUCAGUUUCCCGUGGAAAUGCCACGUCUGUGGGUUAGAUUUGGUUGGUUAACAACUAUUACGAUGUCUGGCUUCUGCACACUUGGAACCUGGAGGCCUUCCUAGACGGCUCAAUUUUACUCCCUUUUUUGCAGUACUGAUGUUGCUCUCUGGCAUCAGUAAUGCGGGGCGUGGGGAAGGCAGUGCAAUAUGCCGGCCCAAGGAGCCUGCAAACCAAAAUCUUUUGCUUAUUUUCUGCGUUGUGUUUGUCCUGCCGCUCGUUCCUAUUAUUCUUCACGAGUGUUGCUUAUGUGACGAAAAAGGUAAAGUAGUUAUUUUGCGUGAGACUUCAGAGCAUCGGUGCCGGAAUGCAUGGUUUUCUUGAGGGGUCAGGAAUGCAUGGUCGAUCGCUCUGUUUCUUUCUAAUACAGGGCACCUGUAUGUAGUGAUGUUAUGUACUCAGUUUCCCAUGGAAAUGCCACGUCUGUGGGUCAGAUUUGGUUGGUUAAGCACUAUUACGAUGUCUGGCUUGUGCACGCUUGGAACCUGGAGAUUUCCUAGCCGGCUCAAUUUUAUUCACUAUUAUGAGUGUUGCUUAUGGGACGAAAAAGGUCGAGAAGUUAUUUU